AUGAUCGAUAUUGAUUAUAAACGAAUUCCUUAAUGGUUAUAAGAAAGAAACAAAUUAAGCUAAGAAUGGUCAAAAAAAUAUAAAGCUCUACAAUUAAAACAAAUAGAAAUUUUAGGAGAAAGCAAAAGCACAUACACUUUUCAAGAUUGUUCUGAAGAAUUAGAAAAAUUGAAGAACUCAGAUGAGGGGGCACAAAAAACGAUUUUUGGAGGCUUCUCAUCUAAAUCCAUAAAAACAAUGGAGAAUUUACUUAAGCUCUAUUAAAAAGAAAAUCUACACCUAAUAAAUAUGGGACAGGCUUUAGUAUAAGUUUUGACAUAUGACAUACCAGGAAUUAAAAAGUAAUUAAUAUUGAAUGAUUAAUAAUUAUCAUCCACAGAGCAAAGGAUUAUAGAUUCCUAAGUCUAAAUACAGAAUUAUAAGUUAUAAUUUGAAAAACAAUGUAAGAAGUAUGGAAUUGAAGGCUAAAAUAUUGAGGAGGAAGUUCCUAAUAUGAUACUGUAAAUUCCACCUUUGUUCUAAGAAAUCGAAUAAUUAGCAUUAAACAAUCAAUCCAUUUUAAAUAGCAUUGAAUAUUACAGAUAGUUUUCUGUCUACACUAACCCCUCUUUGGAUAAAUCCAACAUAAUAACACAUCUGGAAUCCUUUGUGUUGAAGGGGAAUUAAAAACCAUUAGAUUGGGAAAUCAUUGAAGCUCCUAAAACAGAAGAGAUUGAUUGGAUGAAAUAUAUCUAACCUUAAUAAGUAAAUAUUCCCGACAGUGAACUAUUGAAUACAUAAUUUAGAAGCAAUCUUAUCAUUAAUUUAAACGAAUUAAUCGGAUUUUAUCAAGCAAGAUUGGAAUAACUAAAAUAAGAUUAAACUCUAGUUAAUUUUGAUGCUCAGAACAAACUAUUUGAACUAUCAUAAUAAGAAAUAUCAAGUUAUUUGAAUGUCUUGCAUUAGUUAUUAGACAAACUGAUUAGUCCUUGGCUUAGAUAACUUUUGCAAUUGAAAUCAUCUGUUAAAACUCAAUAGAGAAUCAUUAAAAAUCUGGAAGAAUAUGCUAUUUCAAUUAAAAAGAGUGAAUCGAACAUUAUUCAUUCCUAAAACAAAAUAGCUGAUUUGAAAUCUGAAUAAUUCAAACUAUAGAACUAAUUAAGAGAUUUACAAAGUUAGGUUAGAAAGAUGAAAUAGUUUACAGAGAAACAAUUCACAGAUUUAUUCAAAACAGAAAUCAAACUGAUUGGAUGUGAUUGUUGA